AUGAAUCAAAAAAUUACAUUUUCUACUAUCUUGGUUGCGUUAACCUUAUUCUUUGUCUGCUUUUCGAAUGCUGCUCCAAUUGAAUUGUCACCUCGUGUUGUCGGUCAACUCGUAUACGCUGAUUUCAUAAAACUUAGUGGCAGAGUUACUGUUUAUGAAUAUAAGACCGGAACAGUUAGAUUUUGGGGACAAUUUAAUACUGGAAUCACUAAUCCCAAUGGCAAAUAUGAAUUGGUAGUUUCUGGGCCACCCGCUAGCACUAUACCUCCUCAAGUAAUUCCUCAAUCCUUAAUCAAGCCACCUGGAACUGCAGCAUUUCAAUGGGAUUACAAUAAAGGCAUAGAAGCUUUUGCUGGGAAAACUCUUUCAGUCCGCUUUACCAGUGUUAGCAAUGUUGUUACUAUUCUUGAAACGAUAGCUUUCGUACAAAUUGGUUAA